AUGCCUUCGUCCAGGGCCAAGGACGACUAUUCGGUAAAGAGGGGUCCAAACCCGGGCAGCGGAGACAUGAGCGUCAGUCUGUCGGUCCAGCAGGUGCUGAGCCUCUGGGUGACGGGCUCGGCCCUGCAGCACUUCACAGAGAUGUGGUACUGGGUGUUCCUGUGGUGCCUCUUCUCCUCGCUCUUCGCCCACGGCGCCGCCGGCCUGCUGAUGUUGGUUCUGCUGCAGCGCCACCGGUGGGGGCGCCUCAUCAGCCUGGUUCUGGUCAGCGCGGGCUUCCUGGCCUCGCUCUGCGGCGCCGUCAUCACCAGCGCGGCGGUGGCGGGCGUUUACCGCAUGGCGGGGAAGGGGAUGGUUCCUCUGGAGGCGCUGGUGCUCGGCGUGGGGCAGACCUUCCUCUCCGUCGUCGUCUCCUUCUCACGGGUUCUGGCCACGCUGUAGGAGGAGCCCGACCCGCGGGAGGAAGAGAAGUUCUGGACCGUGGAGCGGGCCUGCCGUGGUACCGCCACAGAGGGGUCGAACCAGCGCACUUUGAAUCCUGUUGGACGGUUCCUCUGAGACGUCCUGGUGUCCCUGCAGAGACCACCGGGGGACAGAGGUCCAGUUUUUAAACUUUGU